CCCUCUCUGAUUGGCUGCGCUGCUCCGCAGUCGAAGCGACGGCGGCGGCGGCGGCUACGACGCUACUGCUGCCGCCGCCGAAUUUAGUCAGUCAGUGACUGGCCGACGGUGCGGGUUGUCUGGCAUCUCUUUUCUGUCCCCGCUCGCUUGUUUGCCCACAAGGGUCGCUGACCGGGAUGGCGUCUGAUUCUGGAAGUUACAGCCAUUCUGGAGAUCAGCAGCAAAACUACGUGGGGUAUAGCAAUCAAGGAAAUCAAAGCUAUGGACAAGCACCACAGGGCUAUUCUGGCUGUGAGCAGAGCGGGGAGAGCUCCUCGUACGGGCAAAGUUACGGAGGCUAUCAAGGAAACUACGGACAGACCCAGACAGGUUACCCGCAAAGUGGCCAGCAGGGAUACAGCGGUUAUGACAAUCAGAACCAGCCUUCUUACCACCAGGAGUCUUACGGCAGUCAGGGGCAGCAGAAAGAUUCGUCAGGCGGAGGCAGGUCUUCCUACGACCAGAAAUCCAACUACGGGCCGCCGCAAGGUUCAUACAGCCAGCCCUCCAGUUACAGCCAGCCACCAGGAUCCUAUGAGCAGUCGUACAGCCAGCAGCCGCGGCCGUACGACCAGCUGUCGGGCUACAGCCAGCAGGGCCAGCAGCACAGCUCGUACGACCAGUCGUCGGGCUACAGCCAGAGCCGAGGCUCGUACCACGAGCAGCCGCAGCAGGACUUUGGGCAGCAGCAGCAAGGCUCAUUCAGCCAGAAGUCUGGCUACGGGCAGCAGCAAGGCUCGUAUGGCCAGAACCAGCCAUCUUACCAGUCGCAACACAGGGAAAGCUACGCCCAGAACGCGCAAGAUGAUCGGCGUGAAAAGAGUAGGUAUGGAGAAGAUAGCAGAGGCUACGGUGGGCCCCGAGGAGGCGGAAGCAGGUUCGAUUCUGACAGCAGAGGUCCGAUGUCAGGCUUAAGUGGUGGUGACCGAGGUGGCUUCAAAAAUUUUGGUGGUCAAAGGGAUUACGGGCAGAAACCAGACGCAGAUUCAGAAUCAGACAACUCGGAUAACAACACCAUCUUCGUACAAGGCCUUGGUGGCGACGUCUCGACAGAUCAAGUGGCUGACUAUUUCAAGCAAAUAGGUGUUAUCAAGACUAACAAAAAAACCGGCAAGCUCAUGAUAAAUCUCUAUACGGACAAGGAUACUGGCAAGCCCAAGGGGGAAGCAACGGUGUCUUUUGACGAUCCUCCGUCUGCUAAGGCAGCCAUUGACUGGUUUGACGGAAAGGAAUUCAAUGGCACUGUUAUUCGGGUUUCCUUUGCAACCAGACGGCCUGAAUUUCUGCGAGGAGGCAGCGGAAGCAGUGGUGGCCGCCGAGGUUCCCGAGGAGGGGGCUUUGGAAGAGGCGGGGGCUUCCAGGGACGAGGUGGAGAACCCAAGAGCGGCGACUGGGUUUGCCCCAACCCAAGCUGCGGUAAUAUGAACUUCGCCCGCCGAAAUUCCUGCAAUCAGUGUGAUGAGCCCAGGCCGGACGAUGGACACGCCUCAGGAGGAGAUUUCCGUGGCCGGGGUGGCUUUGGUGGCGACCGUGGGUUCAGAGGCAGGGGCGGCAGGGGCGGUGGCUACGGCGGGAAAAUGGGAGGCCGAAAUGACUUCAGAAGUGAUCAACGCAACCGACCCUACUAGAAACAGCUGUGAAUGUGUGCCCCCCCCAUCUUUCUAAUGACUUUUCACAGCAAAAUUUGCUGAGUUUUGCCUGCUGCUUUAUACCCCUUGACCUCCUUUGGAUAGUGGAAUUAAAUGUGAAAUUGGAUUUUUAAUUUGGUGGGAGGGAACUGGGUCAUUUUUUAAAAUUUCAUUUUUAAAGCAAGCCCAUGCCAUUUUUCAUGUUCUAAUUUCCAGCAUUUCCCCUCCUCCCCUCUCCCUCUCUACCAACUAAAACCCUUCCACAGGCUCUUGGGGGAAAAAGAAGGAAUGAAACUGUAAAAUAUUUGCCCAAAAUCUGACAUGUUUUAUAAUACAAGCAAUAAAAGCUGAUUGUUUAUUUGUGA